UCCCUUCGCCCCCGCCCGGUUCGUCCCGCUACGAUCCCGACAGGCCCAGCGACUAGGGGAGUCACGUGAGGGUGGGCGGUGGAAGGAGAGGCUGGCCGCCGCUGGCUCUCAGUCUCUAUGGUUGUCGGAGGUGGCUUCUACCCAGCUGCUAAAACUUGAGCGUGAACGGGAUGUUUCGUCUUAACUCACUUUCUGCAUUGGCCGAGCUGGCUGUGGCUUCUCGAUGGUACCAUGGAGCAUCACAGCCUGCCCAGACCAGGCGAAGACUGAUGGUGGUGGCUUUCUUGGGAGCAUCUGCAGUAACAGCAAGUACCGGUCUCUUGUGGAAGAGGGCUCAUGCAGAAUCUCCACCAUGUGUAAACAACUCAAAGACUGACAUUGGUGAUAAAGGGAAGAAUAAAGAUGAAGGAGAAGUUUGUAAUCAUGAAAAAAAAGCUGCAGAUACUGGUCUUGAACCUUAUCCAGAAGAAAAGAAGAAGAAACGCUGUGGAUUCAGAGACAGAAAAGUGAUGGAAUAUGAGAAUAGAAUUCGAGCCUACUCCACACCAGACAAAAUCUUCCGAUAUUUUGCCACCUUGAAAAUAAUCAAUGAGCCUGGUGAAACAGAAGUGUUUAUGACUCCACAAGAUUUUGUGCGAUCCAUUACACCCAAUGAAAAACAACCAGAACAUUUGGGCCUGGAUCAGUAUAUUAUAAAACGCUUUGAUGGAAAGAAAAUUUCCCAGGAACGAGAAAAAUUUGCUGAUGAAGGCAGUAUAUUUUACACCCUUGGAGAAUGUGGGCUCAUAUCCUUUUCAGACUACAUUUUUCUUACAACAGUCCUUUCCACUCCUCAGAGAAAUUUUGAAAUUGCCUUCAAGAUGUUUGACCUGAAUGGAGAUGGAGAAGUAGACAUGGAGGAAUUUGAACAGGUUCAGAGCAUCAUUCGCUCCCAAACCAGUAUGGGUAUGCGUCAUAGAGAUCGUCCUACUACUGGUAACACUCUCAAGUCUGGCUUAUGUUCAGCCCUUACAACCUACUUUUUUGGAGCUGAUCUUAAGGGAAAACUGACAAUCAAAAACUUCCUCGAGUUUCAGCGUAAACUUCAACAUGAUGUUCUAAAGCUGGAGUUUGAACGCCAUGACCCAGUGGAUGGAAGAAUAACUGAGAGGCAGUUUGGUGGCAUGCUGCUGGCUUACAGUGGGGUGCAGUCCAAGAAGCUAACUGCCAUGCAGAAGCAGCUCAAGAAGCACUUCAAAGAUGGAAAGGGUCUGACAUUUCAGGAGGUGGAGAACUUCUUUACUUUUCUAAAGAAUAUUAAUGACGUGGACACUGCGUUGAGCUUUUACCAUAUGGCUGGAGCAUCUCUUGAUAAAGUGACCAUGCAGCAGGUGGCCAGGACUGUGGCCAAAGUGGAGCUGUCCGACCAUGUGUGCGACGUGGUGUUUGCGCUCUUUGACUGUGACGGCAACGGGGAGCUGAGCAAUAAGGAAUUUGUCUCCAUCAUGAAGCAGCGUCUGAUGAGGGGCCUGGAGAAGCCCAAAGACAUGGGCUUCACCCGCCUCAUGCAGGCCAUGUGGAAAUGUGCACAGGAAACUGCCUGGGACUUUGCUUUGCCCAAAUAGUAACCCAAGACUACAGAGGGGCACUUCCCGCACGCCAGGCACCCUGGAGCCCCUGGAGCAGAGUCUCAGCGUAGCCCUCCAUGCUCCUUCCCUCCCAUCAGCCUCAGGACCCACAGCUCCCCUGUCCCUGUGCUCUGCUGGGCUCUGUUCCCAGUGACCACACCCACAGGGUCUCACACAGACAGACUCACUUCAAAGCCCACAAAGCCCUCGGCUCCUUCCUCAGCCCUAUCCGUGCGGCACCUGUGGGUAAAGAAUCCAAGGACCCCUCCGCACACACACAACCCCAUGAGGGAGCGAGUCCUUGAGUCGCUUUGCCAUGAAUUUACAGUAACCAGAACAUUCUUUGCUGUCCCUCCUGUGGUUGUUUUUAAGCUGAGAGUUGGGAAUACUCUCUGUCAGGCAAAAACAAGUCUGUGAUGGAUGCGAUGGUGAGGAUUUGGGCACCUUACGCUGGCAGGAAGCCUGGGCCCGAGGAAGGGCCUGCCAGACACAGUGACUGAGCUCCACUGCAGGAAGACGCAGUGCUCGGGGGCCACGGAUUCCGAAUGUAUUGCAGUUUCUUUGCUGGCCCCCGACUCCCUUCCUUCCUCUCAGGUCCCCUAGGACUGUGCUUAAUGAGCAGCUGCAAUCCAGCUUGACCCAGUCCCUUGUCCUCCGUCACUCCCCCGCCACCAACACCCAUGAGCAUCAUCUCCCCUCCAGAGCAGGCCUCUGCAGCCACACAGCAGGCUCCCGGCCUGUCUGCCCUCUGUCCCAAACACUCAUAAACUAUCACUUCAGUGAUUGACAAUAAAGAUCCCCAAAGGCU